CCAAAAAUGGCUUCGUCGGGUCGGCUUACGCGCAUACUUUGCAGCCUACAGAUACAUGCCAUCUCUAGUAACUCGGGGGCAAAACUUGCAUGUUCUACAUUGCAACAGACGAAAAGAAACUAUUCUGCUUCCGAUACGUAAGCACAAAAUAUGCAACUAUACGAGUAAUAAGUUUUAUGUUGAGAUGCAAUCGAGUCAAUAAUGGCUGAUGUAGCCAACCAAUGUUUGAAUGUAGGCUAUAGUAUAGUAUUAGUAUAGUCUAGUAUAGUCCUUAUGCUAGUAUAAUAUUCAUGCCGUAUUUCAAUAAUUGUGACAGAGAGAAGUCCGUUAAAGUACUAAGGACCACUUUGAAGCACCAAAUUUAACAAGGUUAUUGAAAAGGUCGCAUUGAUUAAGUAUCAAAAUAGGCUAUAGUAAUAAUUGUAAAAUAGUAUGCAUUCUGUAGAAUUUUGUAGGCUAAUUUUAAAUUAAUGUAUGAGUAUGUCAAUGAGUUUAAGUCUAUCUCUAUUCUUGAAACAGAGCUAUUUAUUAUGGAUUUUCUAUUUCUGUGCCGAGAAGAUAGAGCCCUUGCCUUUUCACGAGCCUAAAUAAGUCCUAACAAGCAUUUAAAUGAGAUUUAAUGUGAAAAACUGCAUAAAGUAUUCCACUUAGGCUAGUGACUUAGACUAGGGGUGGUUAUGCUUAGUGGCAUGAUUCAAAGCUUAGUUCCUAUAUUUUUUAAGUGUUUAUCGAGGUCUCAUGGUGAACACAAAAAAAUGAUAUAGAAUGACAGAACAAUUACAAACAAUCAAUGGAAGCCAGCAUUAAAAUGGCCAGAUGAGCUAGCAUUGUGAGAAACAAUGCGAUUAGCUGGUUUGAAGUCAAGCUAGGCAAUCUCGAAACUUGUAUUGGACUCAUUGGACAGAUAGCUCUUCCCUUCAACUUCUUCCCCAUUUAACUCUUGACUUGAUAGACCAGCCCAGUCUUCUCAAGAGGGUUGCUGUACCAAUUUCAUUUUUCAAGGGCCCAAUGCCAAUAAUUUCAAUAUUACCUAAUAAUAAUGUAAUAAUUGAUGUUAUGUACCAUUAUGGCAAGUUAUGGUUAUAGAAAUUAAACAUUUGUUAAUAAUAUACAAAACAAUAUGUAACAAAAGACAACUCACAGUAUGCAAAGAAAAAUGAUACCAAAGCUAGUGAUUCUUAUAUGUAAUUUAUUCAUACUCAUGAAUUUCUAUACAAAUAAAAAUUUAAGUACAGAAGCAAAAAGUGUAUCAACUUAUAGCAAGUGGAAAAAAAGGUACAAUCCUCAAAAUAGAAAUAUUAAUUCAUACACACAAUAAUAUAAACAUCUAUAAUAUAAGUCUUGCUAAGUCCAUCCCUAAGUAAGUCUCAGUAAGUUUAUGCCUCAGAAAGUCUAUCUGCUCAGAAACCUGGUGGGCUUUAAAUAUUAAUUAAAUCCAAACAUUCUAGUACAGAAAAUCAAAAUAUCGCCUUACCUAUUCCCUAUUCUUGAGAACAAAUUGGAACGCAUUAGAAUGUAAACAACCUUUUUGCCAGCCAAGACAGGGGGGGGGCGGGUAUGGGAUGAAGUCCUUCUCCCUUCUAUAUUUUGAGGGCCCACAAAUCAUGUAUUGAUCAUUCUGGCUCCUAUAAUACAUGACAUAGUAAGUUGACAAUCCAUCCUCUUGGUGAAGUCUAUUUCAAGGCCAUUCUACUUGCAGAAAGUUGUGGUGGCUAAAAAUAACACUGUUUAGUUUAAAAAUAAGGCAAGCCCUACAACUGUACAAGGCUACAUAUAAAAAAAAAGUGACCUAAAAUAAAUUGAACUAUAUUAAUUACUACGUGGACAAGCCUCACCAAUCAAUCAUUAUAAAAGCGAAUUCUAAAUGUUUUUAAAGAGUGACUAAUUCUGUCUCUGCUUAUUCAGGGGUGGGGGGGGGGUGGGGGGUGGGGAUUAAUAGGCCUUCAUACUUUUUGUCAGUUUAUUAUAUUUUAUUUUUUCUGAGAAAUUAUUUGUCUUAAGCUUCAUCAAUUUUAAAAAUUAAAUGAUAAAUUUAAUUAUGCCAAAGGUUGAUUGGGUCACUCUGAACAUACACUUAAACCUUACUCCUGUUACUGGUACCUAAUAUUAUUAACAAUAUCAUUACCGUACAUACUAAGCAUUACAAUGUGUUAUAUUACCUUGAUAUAGAAUUUUUAAUGGGUAACAAAACAUAUUGAUGGCCUAUCUCACAAACACGGUAGUUUUACAGUAGUUCUCCCUUUUACUCCCCAGCACACAAAACCAAUAUGACCUGGUCAUUGUCGGAGGAGGUAUUGUGGGGACAGCAACAGCUCAAGAAUUGGCUACUCGCCACCCACAAUUAAAGUUGGCCAUACUGGAAAAAGAGAAUGAUCUUGGUUUGCUAAUAUUAAGUUCUUUUUUAUAAUAGUCUUUCAAUGACUGUUUUCCUGUUAUGGUUGUGCAUUGUCAAACACCUUAUAUGUGAACUUUUUUUUUUUUUUUUUACGUUGGUAUUGUGGGAGUCUAGCUUUGCUGUUACUCUCUAAAUGUUUGAAUUUUUUAUAAUAGUCUUUCAAUGACUGUUUUCCUGUUAUGGUUGUGCAUUGUCAAACACCUUAUAUGUGAACUUUUUUUUUUUUUUUUUUACGUUGGUAUUGUGGGAGUCUAGCUUUGCUGUUACUCUCUAAAUGUUUGAGUCAACUCUUUAAAAUUUUACUGGAAACAAUUAAAUAAUAUCAAGGUAACAAAAAAAUUAUUGAAACAUCAUAACCCAUUUUGAACAAUUCUGACAUGUGUUUAGAGAGCUUAUGCGCAACCAUGAUUUAACUCAGGCCAAGUUUGCUGCUGUCUUCCGAAUUUGGAGGUUGAGAUUAUUUUGAUUUUCAGGAUUUUCUCCUCAUUGGCCAGUUACGUCACAAAUAUUUGAUAUCAGACAGGGGUUAUUUUCAUUAUCAGUUGAAAUUGGAAGCAUUUUAAUGAAUCCGCAAAACACAAUUUUAAAAAUCAUUUAUUUAUUUGUCUUUAACUUGAUAAAAGUCUAUUUUAUUGUUAACCUAGCAACAGCAUUUUAGAAUUGUAUUUUAAGGCAGAGUUUGAUUGGCAGUACAUUUUAGAUAAAAUUUAGUUUUAAUUACCAUAGAUUUUCAGCUUAUUUAUAGAUUUUCAGCUUAUUUAUAGAUUUUCAGCUUCUUUAACCUUUGUUUCAAAGAAUUAUAUCAUAUUGGCAACAACAACAAAAAAUUACAAUUAAACUAAUUAAACAAAUUAAACAUAAAAUGUCUAAUCUUAUAAAAUUUGCACACAAAACUUCAUACUGCGUACUAAUGCAUAUUAAGUGUGCAAUAAAACUAACUAUAAAACAAUGAUAGAAAGGGAUAUUUACACAAUGAUUACCUUUAAAUAUAUAUUUAGUAUGUACAGUACAUGAUUUAAACUGGAAAAGAAAUAUUAAAUAUUGAGUAGUAAUGAGUAUUGUGGAUGGAGAUUUAAUAGCACCAUUACUUUUUUAAUGCAACUAAGCAAGUAGCUGUUAUUGCGAGGUCCUCCUAUAUACAUCCUAUACGCUUUAGUGAACUUCCAUCUUUUCAACACACAAGUCAUUAGUUGUUACAGUGAAGUUAAUUCUCUAUAAUGAAGAGAUAUGUGACUUUUUCAGAGCAAGUGUUUCAUUCAAUCAAUAUCUUAAAAAAUCAAUCUGUCAAACUGUUGUCUCCUAGAUUGCUAAGAACAUUUCAAACAUUCAAGUUCAAGAUUUAUAUUUUUUUAAAUAAAUUCUUUUGCAAAGCAUACUUUUCUUUUUUAGCUGGUCAUCAGAGUGGCCACAAUAGUGGUGUUAUCCAUGCUGGCAUCUAUUAUGUCCCUGGGUCACUCAAAGCUAAACUCUGUGUAAAAGGCAUGGAAAUGGCCUAUAAAUAUUGUGACAAACACCAAAUUCCAUAUAAAAAAUGUGGCAAGGUCAGUUGGCAUUAUACUUUAACUAUUUGUCUGCUGGCAUUUUUCUAUACUGUCAGAUUGCAUUUUACCAUACUUUAUAAGCAGUUUGCAUUUUACAAUAACUUUUUUCACUAUCUUUCUUGGAAAUUCGUCAUCUUUGAUAGUUGAUAUUUUGUGUUUCAGCUUAUAGUGGCUACUGAACCAGAGGAAUUGCCCAGGCUAGAUGUUCUAAUGGAAAGGGGGCUAAAAAAUAAUGUCAGAGACAUUCGCAUGGUUGGGCCAGAACAAAUCAAAGAAAUUGAGCCAAACUGUGUGGUAAGGCACUUAAAAUAUUGUAUCUGAUCUGCUUUCUUCAAAUGUUCUAAACCUUGAACAGUCAAAACAAUACAACAUUAUGGUAAAGUGUUUGUGUGUGUGUCAAGGUGAGUGGGGUAGGUGGGAUGUUACCCUGAUAUAGGAUACGUAUGAUAAAGUUGCCAUAAUGAAUUGUUUGAGAAAUAAAAAAAACUAUUCUGUAUUUUCAUAUCUACAUAGAGUAACCUCAAAAUUUGGAAUUUAGUGUCAAAUAUUGACCCCAGUAAAUUAAGGUACCCCGGUACUAAAUUUUAUUCUUUAUAAUAAAGAAAUUAAAUCACAAGAUUUAUAUUUAUGUUUAUUCCUCCUGAUGAGAAAUAAUUGGAUUGGGCUCAUUGGAAAUACUUGGACCAGGCUAAAUGCUAAUUUGAGUUUUAUUUUCAUACACAGCAUUCCUAGUAUUGUUAAGAAUUAAUUUGACGAUGAAUGACUGACAUAUUAAUCUCAGGAUUUUAAUAUUUGGGAAAGUACAAAUGUGGUUAUUUAAAGGGUAUUGUUAACACGCAUAGAUGUUGAGAUUUUAAAAGCUCCUUAAAUCAACAAAAUAUUUCAUAAAUGUAUGUCUCAGGGUCUCAAAGCCAUCCACUCUCCACACACUGGUAUUGUUGACUGGGGACUAGUAACCAAAUACUAUGGCAAAGAAUUUGAGAAGCGUGGUGGUAAAAUAUACACAAAUUAUAAAGUGGACAAAUUCAUCAAUAAGACUGAAAGUAAAGAGGGCAGCACUGGAGGUCUAACCAACACUGUAGAAAUACAUGGAAGUAGUCCACAGGUAAAAUUAAUUAUUUUAAUUGUGGUCUAGAAGUAGCAUCAAAAAAUCUUGAGUGUAAUAUGCACAUCUUUUUUCUAUUACUUGGACAAAAAUAAGGGUUUGUGUUGUAAAAAUAUUUUCUUACCCAAAAUUAAUCAUAGAAGUGUUUUGAUUUACUUAUGGUUUAAUUUUAUUUUUAUGGUUUUGUUAGUCAAGUUUUUCUGUAAAUCUUUACUUUAGCAUUGUUUCCAUUGUACUUUCAAUUUUGUAAAUUCUUUAGAAUCCUGUGGUCAGUUGCCGUUACGUUGUAACCUGUGGUGGACUGCACUCUGACCGUCUCGCUGAAAAAUCAGGAUGUAACCCUGAGCCGAAAAUUGUACCAUUCAGGGGAGAGUAUUUGCUGUUGGCCAGAGACAAAUGUAACUUGGUUAAUGGCAAUAUUUAUCCCGUAAGUUUUGGUCUAGAUAUUUUAAGGUUUUAUUUGCACUUGGUUUCAGCUAUAAAUUGUUUGUUUACAUGUUUUAAUUUUAUAAAAAAUAAGCAGCAAAUUAAAAUAAGUGUAAAAUUUAUUUCAACUUUUAUUUAUUACCCUAUCAGCUAGAGGGUGGUUGUUUAAAUUUUUCUCUUGGUACAGUGAUCAAAUUAUUUAUUUAAACAUAGAUAGUCCAAUUUUGAAUUGAAAAUAAUGGAAACGCAUUUUUGUUGAAAGUCAUCUGAUAUUUAUUCAACUUAAGAUUUGCUACAAAAUCUUCAAUUCACAAAUUCAAAUAAUAAUCAAUAAGACUUUAAUUCUACUUCCCCAAAAAAUAUUUCCUUUAUCUCUGCUAAGGUUUUGGAUGUUUUUUUCUAUGUCCAAUUAAAAUUAAAUACCAUUGCAAUUUUUUUAAAUAUGGUUUGUAUUCCAGUUAAAAAGCUACUGUUUGCGCAAUGUUCUUUACACUACUUAAAAUCCUUUUUAUCUUGUUUUAUUUGAAGGUUCCAGAUCCUAGAUUCCCCUUCUUGGGUGUGCACUUCACACCUCGAAUGGAUGGCAGCGUAUGGCUUGGGCCUAAUGCUGUUUUGGCCUUCAAAAGAGAAGGUUAUGGAUAUACACAGUUUAGUUUGUCUGAUUUUAUGGAUGCUGUCAGCUUUAGGUAAUUGGAAAUAAACAAAAAUUGUUUAUGGGCUAUUUUCAAAUUACCGGGGUAUUGUAAAACAGAGUAGCUUGCCCAUGGUUACCGCCUAAUUUUACCAAGUUGGGUUGGUUCCAAGAUCAUAUUUGUUGUUUCUAAACUCGAUUCCAGUAAGUUGAGUAGGGUUAAUCAAAACAGACCCAAUAAUAUAGUUUUUAAAAUAAAAUUUAUACUUUUACUCUGAAUAAUUUCUUUCCUCUCUAUUCACGGUGACGUCAUCUGAUCCAUAUUCACUUAGCCAAACCAUGAAAACCACAAAUUAUAUGAAAGGGGAAAUGAUAUUCACCAAUCCAUUUGCUCUUUUCUCUCCAAAAAUAAAUAUUUUUUUUUUCCUUCGUGAACGUAUCCUAUGGUAAUGGGUUCAUUAUUUUAUUCUUAAAUAAUUUGAUAUGUACAAAGUUCAUUUAAUCUAGCCUUACUAUUAACACCUAAUAAAACUAUGUGGUAUUUAACAAAGUAUUUCUUAUUUCAGAGGACUUAGAAAACUUGCAAUCAAACACCUAGGUUAUGGUAUUAAAGAAAUGUAUAAAGGCAUUUAUAUCAGGGCUCAAGUCAGACAGUUGCAGAAGUUUGUUCCUUCAUUAAGGCCAGAAGAUGUAACAAGGUAAGAAGGUCCAUUUAAAUUAUGACAGCGCAUGUCUUCUUCUACUUAUUCUAUAUUUUGAGGGCCCCACGAUCAAUGCAUUGAUCAUUCUGGCCCCUAUGUUAGUAGAGGGGUUCGUAAUGUACCUGUGCACGGUUUUGAAGAGGAUACUUCACUGGUUGCAAGGGCUACUCAGCUAUGGUAUUAAGAACUGGGGGUUGGAAGACAGGAGGAACUAGACGCAAAUAUGUCAAGUGUAGUCGCCUCAACUGUUGCUUUUGGAAGCUUGUUCCAGUCCCUGAUUGUCUUUGACAGGAAUGAGCAGUUCUUGUACUUAGUUCUUGUUGUUAUUAGCCGGAACUGCUUGUCAUGGCCUCAGAACUGUCUAGGAUGGAGAGGGACAAGUUUCUGUUUAAUGCUUGAGCAGUUGACCAGCCCAUUUUGUUAUCUUGUACAUCAUGGAGAGCCUGGAUGGUCAUUGUUCCUCCAAUGGUGACCAGCCCAGUGUUUCCAGCAGGCUGCCAACACUUGAGAUGUUCCUGUAGCGGUUCAGAACAAAGCGUGCUGUCCGUCGCUGGACCGCCUCCAACCUGUCGAUGCUCUUCUGGGUGAAUGGGUCCCAGGCUGAAGAUGCGUAAUAUGUGUGAAUAUGCUUCAAGUUUAUUUUUUUUUACAUCACUUUGAUGUACGGAAAAAGAUCACACAAAAUUUGCAUCUAUUUUAUGAGGGAUUAUAUGUUUAAUAUAAAUUAAUUUAAAGUGAAUGAAAACUAUACCAGGUAAUGAAAAAAUUAGUUAUCACUUAUUACUCUUUAAUGAACUAUCACUUAUUACUCUUUAAUGAACUAUCACUUAUUACUCUUUAAUGAACUAUCACUUAUUACUCUUUAAUGAACUAUCACUUAUUACUCUCUAAUGAACUAUCACUUAUUACUCUCUAAUGAACUAUCACUUAUUACUCUUUAAUGAACUAUCACUUAUUACUCUUUAAUGAACUAUCACUUAUUACUCUCUAAUGAACUAUCACUUAUUACUCUCUAAUGAACUAUCACUUAUUACUCUUUAAUGAACUAUCACUUAUUACUCUCUAAUGAACUAUCACUUAUUACUCUUUAAUGAACUAUCACUUAUUACUCUCUAAUGAACUAUCACUUAUUACUCUCAUAGAGGUCCUUCAGGGGUUAGAGCUCAGGCCCUGGACCGUGAUGGCAAACUGGUGGAUGAUUUUGUCUUUGACAGUGGUUCUGGUGAUCUUGGCAGCAGGGUUUUGCAUGUGAGAAAUGCCCCAUCGCCUGCUGCUACAUCUUCAUUGGCUAUAGCUGAAAUGGUGGCAGACAGAGUGGAACAACAGUUCAAGCUUUAGGUCAUGCAGUUAAAAUGUUACAAUGGUGAAAUUGUGGGUGAUUUGUUUAUUGUCAUAACUCUGGGGAAUAAAGUGCCUUCUCUGUCAGGGUUUAUUUUGUAUAAAAAGUUAUGAAUUUUUAAAUAAUAAUAAUAAUGCUUGUUUAUUGUUAUGAAUGGGUAGAAGAAUUAAACCUACCACAGCAGUGUUCAAAUAAUCCAUAUUUGGUGAUACAAUUAUUUACUGGUAACAAGUCUACUAUAUGGUAUGCACAAAUAUAAAUACUUGAUAUUUUAAGUCAAUUGCUUAUUAAGUUCUUAUGCAGUGGAUCUUUUGAAAAUUAACUCAUGAUAAAAAAAUUGUUAUUUUAAAAACCCCAUCACCAGUUUUACAAAUGAGCACACUCUGAGAUGAAAUAAAUGCAUUAAGAGGUUAGGCAGUUAUAAAAGAAUUGGUCCACUUGCCUAGAGGGUAUAGAGGUCAAUGUUCAAUCAAAGCACAUUCAUUAAAUCAAGUAAGCAGCGUGCUUGAAUUUUGCCACAUGAAAGAUAUAUGAAAUUGGAGGUGUAAUCAUUACUACUUUAACCAACCCAUAAGCUGCAUCUGAUCAUUGUUUCUACCAUGUAUUUAAAUAAGACCGUCCAGUAAUAAUAUCAAGAGUAGAAACUACUUUUAAUUCAUUCUUUCAUGUCAUGUGAUGAUAAAUAAUACAUAAAUUAUCAUUUGAGCCAUCGCCAUUUAUGAUUAAUUUAAUAUAAUAAUAUAAGUCCUUAGCUUGCCCAGUUUUUGUGAUUAUAAUAUAUAGUUUUUAACUGGGAAACCUAAAGAAUGAGUGAGGGCAAUGGGUAGUAUGCAUGGGCAAUUUUUAAUACAGGGUGCAAAAUUAUAAAUUUUUAAAAAUUAAGGGCAAAAGUUUCAGAAUGAAAUCAGCUAUUCCCUUUAACAUUAGUUCCAAUGUUGAAAAUUACAAUGGUCCAGAUGCUAAAUUUAAAGUUUUUUUCUUUUUUCAUUUCAAUUUCAAUGCGCUGUUAAUUAUUUGUCACUUUACAUUGCCGCAGAAAUCAAUGUGUUAACCAGUUUUUUGUUCCAAUUCAUUGUAAAUGUACUAAUCGAUGUGAUUGACUAUACAGAUAUUGAUGUGAUUAAUUAUAAAGCUAAUGAUGUGGUUUAUUAUACAUAUAUUUAUAUGAUUGAUUAUAAAGAUACUGAUGUGGUUUAUUAUGAAGAUACUGAUGUGAUUAUUUAUACAGAUAGUUUUUCUUCUACAUUUUACUAUCAAUUUUUUAUUCUUGUUGGUGAAUUCUGUAUUUUAAUCGAGUGUAAUAAACAGAUGUUAACUUUAUCUCUUAGUCAUUACACUAUAAGUAAAAUUUACUGUCUUAUUUCAACCAGUAUCACCAUUGCUUUUCACUCAUCAAAACAUCAAUGAGAUCCCAUUUGCACAAGUAGAUAUACAAAACAGUAGAAAAGUUUUACUAGUUCCCAUUAAUUUAUUUUAUCUAUAAAAAAAUUUUUUUUAAUUGUUGUUAAAUUUUAAAUGCUAUAGGAAUGCAUUAUAUGUAUUAUUCAACUGUUACCUACUGCUAAUUGCAUAAGUAGCUCAAUAGCUUCAUUUAGUCUAGAGGUAAUUAAUGACACCAAGAUCAAUAUAAGAAAUGGUUCGUUAUUCAAGGAUAAACUACCAAAACCAUAACAAUGAACAUCUCUCAUAGCCAAAUAAGUCACCAAAACAAACGCCAUGGCAACAGCUACACAAUCUCCACACCAAAUACACUCACAACAAAUCAAUUAUAUAACACAAACCAAAACAUGCACCCAUUGAACAAAUCACUAACAUCAACCAAUGUCCCCCGUUUCAUUUUUUUACACUGCAAUUUAUUCUUUAUAAAUUUAGAUAUAGAAAUAUAUUUUCUUUACCUUGGCUUUGUAAAAUUAUGGUAUCUUUCAGAUAUAUUCCAGGCUUCUCUAAUGUGACUAUUUGAGGGUAAUUUGGUGGUUGAAAAGGUUUUUAGAAACUGACAACUGGGACAAAAACAAGAAAUCAUUAAUAAGACAAAUAGCUCACUCACAGAUUUUUUAAAGUAGCAACAAGAAAAAUAUAAAUUUUCCAUUUCUCACCAUGUUUGCUUAAUAAGGGUAAUAAAUAUGAACAAUGGUGAAUUACUUUGUCAUGUGUACCAAAUUUUGUUGAUCUGAUGUUUUUUCUUUAUUUGUAAAAUAAAUAAUUUUUUGUCCAAAUACAGAGAUAACGGUGGGAAAUAUUACUGUUUAUUCAGAACAAUGAUAGAUGCAUGAGUUUCACCAAGUUUGAUAUAAUUUAUGGAAGCCACGCUAAGAUGAACAGGUGCUUUUACUCUACAAGUUCGUAUCUUAGAAUCAUCAGAUAAGUUUCCAUUGACUAUUGAAAUAACUAAGUCUUUCAGAUCUUGCUUAGUGAGAAGCACACAUCGACCUUGUGGGGCAAGUACUCUGAAAUAUCCAAAUAGGGCAACAGUUUUGUUAAUAAAAUAAACAAG